AAGAUUGCAAUACAGCAGCAGUGCACUUGAGGCUACACUAGGGGCGGAGUUUGACCCCUCAAGUCUCAAAACAUCACUAAUCCGCGUCGGACAUUCUGACACAGGCCAUCACCGGCCCCGUUUGUACACAGAAAAGGGACGAAUUUCCACCGAAAUAACACUGUCCCGGAGCGGCUGUGUGUGUCUGUGUGUGUCUGUGUGUAAGUGGCAUCAAACAGAGGCUCGGGCUGCAGCCUGUGUGCGUGUCGGAGGGAUUGGCAAUGUUGCACUAUGACAGAUAGUGCGUUACACGCGUCUGGUCGUAUCUGCAGUCGUUUCUAGCCAGUUUUAUAUUCGCAGGAUUCGGCGAGAAGUCGUGGGGGAUUUGCGCGUUGACAGCUGGACCGCCCUGCGCCUUCAUUGGAGGCGAGCAGUCAAGUCUCCGCGCUUCCUUUAAGAUUUUGUCCACUUGCCAUUCAAUGUCUAGUAGCACAUGUCUGAGGCUGCCCUGUGGCUGAUCCUGACAAUGCUUUCAACCAACCGCUCUGGAGGUGCGUGGGGAUGAAAUGGAUGGAGCCCAUGGCCAGACCACCGCACCAGCUCCCACCUCCCAGCAUGUCCAGCUGCAGCAAGUCUCCCCCCAGUUCUGGAGAAGCUGCAGGCUCUAACUCCAUGGCAUGGGUGAAGAUGUUCAAAAAACCUGGAGGAGGCCUGAAGAAAUCUUACCAGCCUGGCAGCAUGUUGUCUCUAGCUCUCACCAAAGGCCUGCUGAAUGAGCCUGGGCAGAACAGCUGCUUCCUAAACAGUGCUGUCCAGGUGCUUUGGCAGCUGGACAUUUUCAGGAGAAGUUUGAGGCAGCUCUCAGGUCACUUUUGUCUCGGUGAUGCCUGCAUUUUCUGUGCAUUAAAGAGUAUAUUCAGCCAGUUUCAGCAGAGCAGAGAGCGUGUGCUCCCCUCCGACAGCCUGCGUAACGCCCUCGCUGAAACUUUUAAAGAUGAGCAACGCUUCCAACUGGGCCUGAUGGAUGAUGCUGCUGAGUGCUUUGAGAACAUCUUGGAGCGAAUUCAUUUGCACAUAGUUUCAGACGCUGCAACUGAUGCUUGUUCAUCCAAAUCCUGCAUCACCCAUCAGAAGUUUGCGAUGAUGCUUUAUGAGCAGUUUGUGUGUCGUUGUUGCGGUGCAUCUUCAGACCCCCACCCAUUCACAGAAUUCGUACAUUAUGUGUCAACCACUGCUUUAUGCCAACAGGUUGAUCGCAUGUUGGGGAAGAACGAGCGGCUCAGGUCAGAUAUGUUCGGAGAAUUGCUGCAGGCAGCAAACAACACAGGUGACCUCCGAAGCUGCCCGAGCGACUGUGGUCAGAGUAUCAAGAUCCGUCGUGUGCUCAUGAACUGCCCAGAGAUUGUCACUAUUGGAUUUGUGUGGGAUGCCGAGCAGUCUGAUCUUACGGACGAUGUCAUCAGGUCACUUGGCCCACGUUUGAACCUGUGUGGGCUUUUUAACCGAGUCACUGAUGAAAAUGCCAAACGGAGUGAGCUGCAUCUGGUGGGGAUGAUCUGUUUUUCGAGUAAACAUUACUCAGCCUUUGCCUAUCACACCAAAUCUUCAAAAUGGAUGUUUUUUGACGAUGCUACUGUAAAGGAGAUUGGAUCCAAAUGGAAAGAUGUUGCCUCUAAAUGUAUCAGGGGACAUUUCCAACCACUUCUUUUGUUUUAUACCAAUCCUGAGGGAACUCCGGUGUCUAAUGAAGAUGCACCAAGACAAACCACUAUGUGUCCCCGGUACAAAGCCCAAGUAAAUGGUGACGUGACAGUGAAAAAUCCCCUUGGCAGUCCAAACAAAUUUCAAGAACCUUUCACGGAGAGUUUGCAGAGACCAGGUGAAACAUCAAAAAAGGACAGAGGGCAUCGAAGGACUGACCCAUCCCAACACAAAGAGAUGGCACAUGCAAGAUCUUCAUCUCCUCCAGAGAAUGGACCGAGGCAUCCUGCAGACCAAAAAUGUAAAAGCCAUCCACGUUCUGAGAAGUCAACAAACCAUUCAAGCAGAGGAUCUCAGGAGCCACGUGGACAGUCUCUCACCACGCAGGGUGGUGGGCAUAGCAAGAAAAACAACACGUCCCCGAGUCGUUAUGAUCAGGAUAGCUGCCAAGAGCAAUGGGAAAAAGGUGGGAGCGGAGGAAGCCGCAAUAAAUCCAAGUCCACUUGGAGACCCAUUCGGGAGGUGUUAAAUGUGGACAGUGUGCUGAAUGAACUGGAGCAACGCCGUCAACAGCAACAUGACAGCCCCCGGCGCAGCAAGCCUUCAUCCCAGGAAAGGGUGCACGCAGAGCAAAGUCGAGACCGCGAGCGUGAAUGUGUACGCAACAGAGAAGAUCGGAAGCAGAAGUGUUUAAUGACAAUUUAUGAGGACGACCAGCGGCAUGAGACUGAGAGCCACAGCUCUGUAGAGUCAGAGAGCAGGGCCAACCAACAGAGGGGCAGCAGACUUAAAGGUGGCCCCAAGACGCUGCUGCGUAGUGAUACCUGGACCAUUCAGAGGACAGAGUCGGGCUAUGAGAGCAGUGACCGACUCAGCAGUGGCUCCACCAAUCCCGACUCACCUGGCGUUGAUGGCUUUGUUGUUAAAGACCAGAGAUCAACACCAGAGGCACAGUUGCAAAGCCUGCUGCACCAAAAGGGAGGCGAUGUAAAAUCAAGUAUAAUGUCCUCACCUUCACACAAUGGUAAACAUCAACCCAAACCUCAGGGAAAGAACUACGAACAAGUUUCACAUUCACAUCUUAAGUGCAGUCCAAGUUCAAGACGGAAAUCAAAGUACACUUCUAGUACCUCCAGAAAGGCAGUAUCUUCAGAGAGGGACUCCGCUGGUUCAGAUAACAGGCAGAGUGAGCAGCAGGAGCUGACAAACUGUAGAGGGCAAACUGGAGAAAGUACAGCCCUGCGGCACAUUACAAAAACCAGCAGCUCAGAAUGGAACAGCUCCGACGAUCUUGCUCUCUCGGAACCCGAGGACAGAGACGGCACUUACCGCUCCUGCAACAACGAGGCCGUCACCUCCGAUUCCCAGUGUCCUCAUAUCACUCUGCCAUACCACCCUCCCAGCAAUGUGACUGCAGAACCUCUCCAACUGAACAAUCAGCGUCAGAUUGGCACGACAGGGUCGCCUCACCUCCGACCUGCCCAGCGGGUCUCUCCUCACCCGGGUGAAACAAGUCAUGCUGUGUUUCGCCCAAGGAUGCUUCAAGAACCCUUCCAAUCCAGUCCCCGUCUUUCAACUGCAUCCUACGUAAGUCCACACAGGAAGCCUGACAUGUCAGGCCUCCGAACCUUCUCAGAUGCAAGCUCCAAGUCGGGCUCUGACCCGGAGAGGAGUACCCCUUCAUCAUGUGAAAGUGAGGAAAGACUGACUGGGUGCAGAAUUGAACAAGCUCAAGAGGUUUCUCUGACAACGUACUUCAAUGUGGAUAACUGUAUGACGGAAACAUACCGUCUCAAGUACCACAACCAGAGGCCUCUUGUCCUCUCGGCCACGGUGCCACGGACAGCAGUUGCGACUGAGCGCAGAGAUACCAGCCACACACUCACCACAGACACACACUCACAAGAUGUGCCAAAAGCCAGACCUGAAACAAGCCAUAAUAGCAAUAAACCCACAGCAAAAUGGAACCCAGUGACAGCCAAAGGACUGGAUGAACGUGGUUUUUUAUGAGUGUUACUUGGUAAGUUCUGUUUACACAGAUGGACAGAGGUCAAUAGAGAACUAACUGGAUGCCAAAGAGUUUACAGAAUGGAAAACUGAAGCCUGACACCUCCAAAUUGAGUGGAAUUUAUUUAUGCAAGCUUGUCACAUAAGUAAAACCUAUUUUGAAAUGUUGUUACGUAUUGUUUGAUGGAUUAUCAACUAUCACAUAUACCGUCUUCCACUGUCCACUGUGUUUGAACCAAAAUCUGGGCUGUUUUAAAGUUUGCACAAAAGGUUUUUGAGUCUUCUUUUACUCACCUGAUGUUAAGUUUAAAUGGUUAUUUUUUUAUUUGUGCUACAGUUCUGCAGAAAUGCUGCAGAAUUGAAGAUAUACCUAUAUUUUAAAGAUAAGGCGUGAGAGAUUGUGCUGAGCCUCAGUAUACUGUGCUUGGCAAUUAUACAAAGAGGAAGGAAUGAAUUGUGUUGACAAAUCACAGCAUGUUUGAUAGUACUUAAUGGGAAUAUGAUGUCAUUCUACACAACAAUAUAAAACUUUGAGACUGAAGGUUUGCAUCAUCAACAUCAGGUUAAAUAUAUCUUAUUUGUUUGCACCUGUCAACAGAGGAUACACUUGUUUAAGAUUAGAAACAUUUUUAAUUCAUAUCUGGGCAGCUCACCAACUUUAUAUUGAGGGUUUCCGGGUCACCAGACACAGAUAUUGCAACAUUUACAUUAGGUUACUGAUUUGUUUCAGCCGUUAUCAUAUAUCAGUUAUUUUAUAACAUUUAUAUGUUAAUGAGUGACUGAGGGCUGUCAGCCUGUUUGGCUGUAAAAAGCUGUUGACAAAGAUUAUUGUCAAUUUGUAAAAUUCAGAAGUAGAUUUCAUGCCAUUACUCAUAAAUAUGUACAUAUCUUGGAGAGACACAGUUUCUCAUAAAUGUAAUUUUGCAUGACUGUGGUCUACAAAUUAUAACAUUUGUUGACUACAGCGAUCUAUAGAUGGGGCAGCCCUCAGGUUAUUCAGUAGGUCGCUAUAUAUGAUCAUGCAACCUUGUGUGUUUUACCUUCGAUUGUGCUGGUUCUUGUAAUCCUGUUUUGUAAUUCACACUGAUGUCAAAUCAUAUUUUUUCAGUCUUCCUCUUCAAGUAGACAGAUUUAAACAGGUCUGUAUGUGCAGGUAUUUUCAAAACGAUGCCAAUUAAGUUAAUACGCCUAUCUGACAUUAUAAUUAACCAUACAACACAACACAUAACGAUUACUCUUGUUCAUUAGAAUAAUGUUCUGAAACCUGCAUGUGGCCUUUUUUUACGAAGUCUUACCAGCUGGGUGUACAGCAUAAGCAUGAGCAUGAAAAUACCAGACUGUGAGUCCAGCAAACAUAAAUUCUAUUGGGUUUUAUUUAAAUGUAAUAAAAUUAAUUCAUUAAA